AUGACCGACCCGAACAUGCGGGGUACACCGCCAGCCCGCCAGCCCGACUCCAAGGCCGCACCAACCUCAACCUCAAGCUCAAGCUCAACCCCAAAUCCAAGCACAGGCCCAAGCAAAAGUGCCAACACUAGCAACAAUGCAAGCACUCCCUCCCAACCCUCCCUCGCAUCCCGCAUCCAAUCCUCCGCCACAGGCCUCGCCCGCUCCGCCCUAACAGGACCAAGCGACUACGCGCAAACCCUCAACACAGCAACACAAGGCAAAGCCGCAAGCUCUUCUUCAGCCUUGGCCUCAAUAUCAGCCUCUGGUUCUGGCUCAAGCUACGCCGCAAAUCCAAACAACCAUGUCCCCUACUCAUCCUCCUCCGCACAACCCCAACAACAAACACCCGCACCAACCUUCCGCAACACCACCACCAACCAACCAGGCGCAUUCUCAAUCCCAAACAUAACCGAAGAAGAAUUCCAACGCGUCUACACCGAUAUCGGGACCUAUGGCCGAGCAUACUACGAUUCAGAGACAGGCACCGGCACAAUCACAGGCAUUGACACCAACACCAACGCCGAGACCGAUGUACACAAAUCAAACCUCACCGCAACCUCAAGCCAAAACGAAUCCGACCACGAACCCCUCCAAUCAAACAAAGGCCCCUGGAAAGGAAAACACAGACUCCAAGACCCAGUCCAACUAGAAUACACCACAGCCUGGGAACGCGCUAGUCCACACACUUUCACCACAGAACCUCUGGAACAAAAUACAUACACGCCCGUCUCAACAGACGGUGACGCAGUCUCAGCGCUUCUCUCAGAUCCAUCUUUCGACGCAGCUGGAUACGACGAGGACGAUAACUUGAAUUAUAACGUCGAUCUCGACCUUGAGGCGGACUUGGCGCCUCUUUCGGAUGAGGAGGUUAAGAUGUUGGAGUCUUUUCGUCGGGAUAUGGGCAUUGGCAUUGGGAUGGGUUCUGGAUCUGGAUUCGACAACAGAAAAAUCCCACAAGGUUCCGUCCCAUUGUCCUCGGUUAGUCUAGUUCCUGACAUCGACGCAUUUCUAAACGAGCACGACCCCGGAGCCAGAACCGGAGCAGUCUCGCUUCGAGAUAGAGUGCUGUCCGAAUUACCGGGCUCGAAUGAGUGGGUUGGUGUGCAGGAGCGGUAUCAUGAUGAGGUUUGGGGUUAUUUGAGGCCUGCGCUUGAGGCGGCGAGGGAGGAGAUUGAGGAAAAGGAGAAGGGUGUUGAGGGGGAGGGGCAUGAUGGGGAUGGGCCCGCUGUUAGGAGGUUGAAGAUGAUUUUGAAACAUAUGGGUGGGUAG